AUGACCCAAGGAGACUACAGGGCUAUUGCCCAUGAAAAAAGGCUACAGAGGAGUCAAAAGAUUCCUACCGCCUGGAGACUCGACGAUGACAAGCGUCAAGAGUCCAUUAAUCCUUUGGAUGUACCAAUUACUUGCGGUAUUUUAAACGAUACCGAGAUCGAUAUCACGUCCAAAUACGACGCAACAAGCCUGCUAAUGGGCAUCAAAAUCGGUACAUGGUCAGUUGAGCAAGUCACGACAGCGUUUUGCAAGCGGGCAGCUAUCGCUCACCAGAUGGUAAAUUGUUUGACAGAAAUCUUUUUCGACGAGGCAAUCGAGCGCGCUCGCCAACUUGAUAAACAGCGACAAGAAUUCGUAGGCGGCAAGACACUGCCUCCACUGUUCGGCUUGCCUAUCUCAAUCAAAGAUACUUUUCAAAUUCAAGGCCAUGAUACAUCAACUGGUUUAGCUUGCUACGUCAAUGCACCGGCAAAAGAACAUAGUGCUAUCGCCGCUAUGUUGCUUGACCUCGGUGCUGUCCUCUAUUGCAAGACAAAUGUUCCGCAGACUGUCAUGACUGGAGACAGUGAUAACAAUGUGUUUGGCAGGACCCUCAACCCUAGAAAUGCUUCAAUGACUGCGGGUGGUAGCACAGGCGGUGAGGGUGCCCUGCUUGCUCUAAGAGGAAGCGUCCUCGGCGUUGGUACUGAUAUCGGCGGAAGCAUACGUGUGCCAUCUAUUUGUAACGGAAUUUAUGGAAUGAAACCGAGUGCAGGCGUAAUUCCUCAUGGAGGUACGCGAGAGCUUACAGUACCGGGCACGGAUGGAGUGCGAUCGAGUGUUGGGCCAAUGGCAACCACAUUCCGAGACUGCGCUCUCUUUCUCAAGUCCAUAAUGCAGGCUGACACGUGGAAAUAUGAUAGCAAUGUCAUCUCAUUGCCAUGGAGAGAUCUGACGAAACCCAGCAAAAGACUACGAAUUGGUUUAGUCGAAGAUGAUGAUUUCUAUACACCAGUGCCCCCCGUGAGGAGAGGCUUGAAGAAGGCAGUGGACAAGCUUCAACAAAGCAACGCCGUGGAAAUUGUUCCCUUGACUCUACCGCAGGGUAAUGGUUGGUAUGAUGACUUGCUUUCUUAUUAUACUUUAAUGGGCAAUGAGUACUACCUUGAACAGCUUAACCGAACAGGAGAGCCUUUGGUGCCAUCGGUCAAAGCACUCGGCCUCUUGUCGGGACAGAAAACAACGCUUCAGGGAUUUUUCGAUCUAAAUGUACGUCGGGCUGAAGUCGCUAGUACCUAUCGUCGUUUCUUUCGCGACAACAAUCUGGAUGCUAUUCUGAUGCCCCCAGCACCUCAUACUGCGCUACCUUUGGAUACUUGGACCACCGUCACUUCCACAGGCUUGUGGAACUACCUGGACUACCCGGCGGUGGUGGUUCCUGUAGAUGUUGUGACGGACUCAGAUGCCAUUGAUGACGCCAGUAACGCGAAAUACGGCCAUCAGGAUGCCGGACUUUACAAGCUCUAUACUGGACCCGAAUUAUAUGAAGGGCUCCCAAUCGCUGUUCAGGUAGUCGGCUACCGGCAUCAAGACGAGGCGCUGGUUGCUACAGCUGGGAUAUUGGAUUCAAUCAUCAAUGGCGAAUAA